AGACCCAAAGUGCACCUAACUCCUACGGAGUAAAUCCUAAUCAGGUUCCCACCGCCGUCACAUUGGCCCUCGCCAACCCCCAAAACUUCAAUUACUCGCCUCUCUUCUCUUCCUGACCGCCUAUAUACCCUCCAGAUAUAGCGAAGAUAAGGACUAUACAAGGACGAAUUGCCCUCCCAGAUUCAAGAAAGCGAGAGAGAGAUGAUGCGCAGUAGAGAUCUGGAGACAGGGGGGACAGCAACGAAGGGCGGGAGCAAUAGUCGCGCAUACCCACAAUCAAGCCAUGCCGUGGAACCGUACUAUGCGGAAACCUCGGAGAAGCAUCGGACAUCGUGGCUGGUGCCUUUGAUUGUGGCCGUCAAUGUUGUUGUGUUUGCAGUCAUCAUGUUCGUGAACAAUUGCCCUCACAGUCAUGAGAGGAGGAGGUUUGGGAGGAACGGGGAGUGCGUUGCGAGGUUUCUUGGGCGGUUCUCUUUUCAACCCCUCAGAGAAAAUCCACUCUUUGGGCCUUCUUCUUCUACACUGGACAAAAUGGGUGCACUAGAGUGGAACAAGAUAGUUAGUGAUCAUCAAAGAUGGAGGCUUGUCACUUGUAUAUGGUUGCACGCUGGGGUUGUCCAUUUGCUUGCUAACAUGUUGAGCUUGUUUUUCAUUGGGAUCCGUCUUGAGCAGCAAUUUGGAUUUGUCCGUGUAGGUAUAAUCUACCUGCUGUCAGGAAUAAGUGGGAGUGUUCUGUCUUCCCUUUUCAUUCAGCACAGCAUUUCUGUUGGAGCUUCUGGCGCAGUCUUCGGACUUCUUGGAGCAAUUUUGGCCGAGUUGCUUACCAACUGGACCAUUUAUUCCAAUAAGGUUGCUGCUCUUUUCAGUCUCGUUGUAAUAAUUGCAGUCAACUUAGCUGUGGGGAUUCUUCCUCAUGUUGAUAAUUUUGCUCACAUCGGAGGUUUCGUUAGUGGGUUUCUUCUUGGCUUCGUGUUGCUGCUCCGACCUCAGUUUGGUUGGCUGGAAAGGAGGCAUCGGCGAGCUGAAAGCCAGAUCAAGUCCAAGUACAACGUGUGCCAAUAUUUUCUCUUGGUGGUUGCCUUGAUUUUAUUCAUCAUUGGAUUCACAGUGGGUUUGGUGAUGCUCUUUAGAGGAGAGAGUGCAAACGACCAUUGCAAGUGGUGCCACUAUUUAAGCUGCAUACCCACAUCCAGGUGGCGAUGCGAUGAGAACUGAUACCGAUCGCGUUCUUGAUUCUUUUUUCGUAUCAACAAUGGUGUGUAAGUUGGGUGUUUAUAUAUGUUGUGGAAUUUAGCUAUAGUUGAAGAGUGAGUUGUUUGAAUAUACAUAGCUAUUAUUGUAAAGUGAACACAUGUCCUUGUAAAGUUUUAUCUUCCUCCUUCCCACAGCUGUCCAAUAAAUCAAGGACCCUACU